GACAGCGGUCGGUUGCAAUGCUGCUCCGGGCGUUCCUGGUGAUUCUUGGGCUGUUCGGGUGUAAGGAGAUCCGUGCCGAUUUGGAUCCGGUUCGAUCAGGGAUAGAUGAGGGUGCCCCAGAGCAGGCUCUAAUGUCGAACGAGCGCGUAUCGCUUGACGACUGUCAUUUGAGGUUCUUCCAUCGCGGAGAUCGAGGCUUAGUUGGGCCGGCUUUCGCAAAGCCCGCAUUUCUCACCGAGUUCGCCCACAUAGCGGCGAUCGGGUGGAGCAGGGUCGAUGGCCCCGAGGUCGAUUGGAAAUGUGGCGGAUCGCUGAUUUGGCCCAACUUUAUCCUCACGGCAGCGCAUUGCGCCGCUAACGAUGAUAACGUGGCACCGGACGUAGCCCGGAUGGGGGACCUCAACCUGUACAGUGCCGAAGACGAUGCCCACGCCCAGCAGCUUAAGAUCGUCAGCGUCAUCCGUCACCCGCAGCAUCGCUUCAGUGGGAAGUACUACGACAUCGCGCUGAUGCAAUUGGAGCGGAAUGUCACCAUCCACGAGACAGUGGCUCCGGCGUGUCUGUGGCUUGACGAUGAAGUGCGCUUCAAAGUGCUGGAAUCUGCCGGCUGGGGUCAAACGGGAUUCGCUGAAGAUCAAACACCGAUCCUACUGAAGGUGACCCUGAAUCCGCUUAGCAACAGUCAGUGCACCCACCAUUACACAUCCGGCGUUCGGGGGCUCCAAGCUGGACUCGAUCGACACCACAUCUGUGCGGGGGACACCAAAAUGGACACCUGUUUGGGUGAUUCCGGGGGACCACUGCACGUGCGGCUUCUCCACAACCACAAAGUGAGCCCGUUCCUGGUGGGAGUCACGUCGUUCGGCAAGCCGUGCGGUCAGUCACACCCGGGCGUCUACACCCGAGUGGCGUCGUUCCGCAGCUGGAUACUGGAGACGCUCCGGGCAAACGGGGCACCGGAAGCGACCGAUCAACAGUUCGAGCCGUACGCGUGCGCCCUACGGUACGUCCACAUCCGGCAGCUGGAAAACUCGCGAGUCGUGGCCAACGAGUCGGGUGUGUUCGAAACGUUUGAUGUACUGCGGCGGUACAUAGGGCGCGACUUCUUCUCCGAAGUUGCCCAGCUCCGAUGGUCCCGGGACGAGAGCAAACGAAACUGUAUGGGUAGCAUUAUUGAUCACGAUACGAUCGUCACGCUCGGGGACUGUGCCCUGCACGGCGGAGUUCACCCCUCGCAAGUUAUGUAUCGCGUCCGUAACUACUUCGAGGAGGACGAUUUCAAGGAGCAACUGUUUGACGUGUCCGAGGUCCACGUGCAUCCCAACCACACCCGGGGCUCCUACUACGACAACAUUGCCGUGGUGAAGGUAAACGGCACGUUUCCGGUGCUGCCGGCCUGCAUCUGGAACAUGCAGACGCUGCCAGCCGAAGAGCUGGAACUGUUCACCGUCGGUCGGCGCGAUCUUAACGUCUACCAGUACGAGUCCACCACAAGCUACGAUUCCCGUCGAAUAGCCUUAACACCGCGAGCGUUUGCCUUCGAUAACGCUAACUGUACCUUGGCCGAGCAAUACCGUCGCCAGCUGCCCGUAGGGCUCCAGGAUGAGCAUCUGUGCUUCGGUAACGAUCCCUUUCUGGUCCCGGAAGUGUGUGAGCUAACCCAGGGUGGUCCCCUGCAACGAUCGGUCUUUCGCAUGGAUCGUCACUUCAAGCACGUGUACGGGGUGAGCUUGUUCGGGCAGGACUGUGGUUUCGGUGAGCCGGCCGUAGCCGUACGGCUUCACCCUCACCUCGGCUGGCUAGAGUCCGUACUGCUGCGGAACGGGCGAUCCACCGAUCGCGAACCGAGCCCGGACACCAUACUGUUCAUCAACACCGACCUGGAGCUGUUCGAUCGGUGCGACUUUAAGGAUGGCACCGUGGGGCUCUGCAUCCCGGCGAGCCGUUGCCGAGGAGUGUACGAUCGGAUGCUGCGCAACGAGGAGCUUAUAUUUUGCAGCAAUGGCACGGUUGUGUGCUGUGCGCCGGCGAACGUCAUGGACGACGAGGAUCUACGGGACGGUGUGGAGGAGAUUGUCAACUGCGAGAACAACUACGGCAAGCUGCGGCAGGAUCUGGCUAGAGUCCCUAGCGGAAGUCCUCGCCCAAAGACACACAUCGCGGAGAUCGCUGCGAAAAACCAGACGAGCGGUGCCAUGGAGAUAAUCUGCUUGGGCUAUCUCAUCACAACCGGCCACGUGCUGACGACGGCAGUUUGCGUGACCGCGGCGGACCCCGAGCCCACCCUGGUGCGGUUGGGUUUCAUUUUCGCCCAGAAAAACGGGGACUCUUCGGCACAAACAUCGAUCGAGCGUAUCACGGUCCAUCCCCAGUACAGACCGCGGACGAAGGGGGGCAACAAUAUUGCGCUCCUCAAGCUGACCGACUACAUUCGACCCACGAGCGCCGUCUUUCCCGGGUGCUUGUGGAGAAACGGCACGCACACCCCGCUGACGGCGACUCUGUUCUCCGUUGAUGGUUUCAACGUCAAGGAGGAGACCGUGCACCCUCAGUACGCCACUGACUGCGAGCGUAGCCUGCGCGAUCCACUGCACGCCGGCGAACUGUGCAUGGUAAACCCUCCCGAGGGGUCCCCCUCAUGUGGAGGUCUAAUAUCUUGGUACCGGAACAUGACCGGCGGGACAACCGAGUCGCCGUAUUUGGUCGAGUAUUUGGUUGGCCUUCGGAGUCCCGACGAAUGCAACGAAAAUGGCCACGUUGUCGCCACCCGCAUUUCGGAUUAUCUGAGGUGGAUACUCGAUCUGGUAUGAACUGUUGGCCCAAAACUGUUGGCUGAAACAUAUACACCCGUGUGCCGAUCUGAAGCGGUGACCUUGAAACGCUUCGAAGGAGCAGCGAUUGUGACUGCCAACGCAAACAACCCUAUCAAGUGGCAAAUCUGGACUCGUUCAAUAAAACAAUCCAAUAUGGAAACCCCCUUCAAACCGAAGGCUGUCCCGGUUGCUCAGCUUGCGUCUUGCGUCUUGCGUCUAUACUCAGCUAGGCUGUUUAAUAAGUUUUGAGUUUCGAUAGGAAAACCACAGUUU